GCGAAUCAGAGAACGUUUACUGUGAGCCCACAACAAUGAUAGUCGACAACACAACACAAGCACCAAUCCAAGAUGCAAGCAAAUCUUUUCAUAAUGGUACAACGGCAGGCGGUCACUUUACAAAACGCGGAUCAACAAUGGAGGUACAAGUUUACUGUGAACCUACAACACAAGGACCGAUCGAAUCACCCGUGAAUGAGAAUGGAUAUCUUGUGCCUGCCUCCACAGAAACGUUGGGAAAAAGUCAGUCAUGCAAUCAACAGACGAGCAAUCAGGUUGCUGUAAACACCACAAAUGAGAACGAAUAUGAACGAGCAGUAAUAGGGACAGAACGAGACAUCAAAAAUGCAGAUAUUGUAAGCCAAAGUGUUGAUACUGAAAAGGCAAUCUACGCGUUAUGUGAUGCAGACACAUAUGUGAAUGCUCCAGAAACAACUUCAAGGGAGCAGAACAUGUUUACUGCUUCAUUGAAAUCAGACGAUGAUGAUAAAUAUUGGGAACCGGCCUCUACGGAACGGGAACUUUACGGUCAACUUGAAGGGCAGCGAUUCAGACACAUCGAUAGACGUGACCUCAUCGACAGAAAAGAGAUCGGAUCAGGAGAAUUUGGUGUUGUAGAGAAGGCAGUGUGGCAUGUGAAUGAUAGAGAGAAAUUAGCAGUGGCGGUCAAGACUCUGACAAGUGAAGCUGAUGUUAAUGAUCGCGUCACAUUUCUUCGCGAGGGAGCUAUUAAUGGUCAAUUUCGCCAUCGAAACGUCGUUCGUCUUCAUGGUGUUGUCACAAUUGGAUCUCCUAUCAUGCUGGUUUUGGAGUACAUGCAGAAUGGUGAUUUGAAAAACUACCUUGUGAAUCAAAGAUCAGAUCGCAAGUGUUGUCUUCCCGGAUUGAACAAAACGCUGCUAACUAUGUGUCGGGAUAUGGCAAGAGGAAUGGACUAUCUUUCACGAAAGUCUUUCGUUCACAGAGAUUUAGCUGUAAGAAACAUUUUGCUGGACAAGGAGCUGACGUGCAAGAUUGCAGAUUUUGGGAUGGCACGUGACGUGUCUGACGACAACUAUUACGUCACUAAAGGUGGAAAAGUUCCAAUCAGGUGGUGUGCCCCUGAGACAUGGAGUUACAGACGAUUUUCGUCUGCCAGUGACGUGUGGAGCUAUGGAGUUGUUCUGUAUGAAGUGUGGUCAGUGGGACAACGCCCUUUUGGGUCAAUCAGCAAUGGCGAGGUGAUGGAGAAGGUUGAGAUUGGAUAUCGUCUUCCUCCUCCUCCUGGAUGUUCUCGUUCUCUUUAUCAUCUUAUGAUUGACUGUUGGCAUCCCGAUACCCAUGAAAGACCAAGUUUUGGAAACAUAGUGCAGAGGCUUGGAGCAUCCAACGACUCUUUUCUUACUAACAGAAAAGGAGAAGCUUCAAUUGAAGGAAACCUCGGAGACAUGCUGGACGUGUCAGAAAACUGCUAUAGAGACUUGCAACAAACUUAUGCAAAAUACUGACUUCUUAAUCAUUGGGCUGUGAAAGUACUUCAUCAUCUAUGCUGUGUCUGAAAUUAGAUAAAUCGUAAAUCUAGUUAAAGUUUAGUAGAAGAAAUUGCAUUACAUGGCAAACUAAGGUUUUGGUAUUAGAGAGUGGCAAUAAUUGUAAAAUUAGUGCGUUUACGUUAAAUUAGUUACAGUCGUUUAAGAAGAGUGUGACACGUUUUGUAGUUUUGACAUCAACGGUUCUAAAUUUAGUUUCAAAACAGAGUCAAGUAUCUAAUAAAAUUAUA